AUGCAGGGCCGCAACUUUACGCGCACAGCGCUGACGUGCUGUGUGGCAACCCUCACCUUGGUGACCUUUGUGGUGGGUGCUUCGACCGGGAAGCACCUCGAGAAUGCAAGCUGCACUUCCGACGACCAGGCGCUCUUGCAAGCAAAAGCGCUUGUAAACGGAGGAGUUGCUACGUGCCCUGCGGAUCCCAGUGCUGACACAGAGCCUCCUGAGAUCAUCCUAGGCGAUGUUGGAGUCGGAGCUCGGCCAGCCCCUGGAGAAUGCACAGCCGUUCGGACUUAUGAUGUAAUCGAGGUACGCGACAACUGUCCAGGCGAUGUCACAUGGUCCUGCGUGCCACCAUCUGGCUCUUCGUUCCCUAUCGGUGACACCACAGUUACCUGCACGGCGACCGAUGUUGCUGGUAACACUGCAUCAGAAUCCCUUCGUGUUUGGGUGCAGGACCUGAAUCCGGUGCCUCCAGUCUUCGAUGUGGCACAGACCCAGGACAAAUCGGGCUCAACGUUUUCGGUCGGUACCACCACGGUGACGUGCACCGCCACCGAUGCUGGUGGGAGCACUGCCUCGGCAGAAUUUGACGUUAACGUCCGUGACCUCUGGGCUCCCAACAUCACGCUGGGCGAUGUUAUGAGGGAAACAGCCACAUCCCCUGGACUUUGCGAAGGCAUUGUGGUUUACGACGUAUCCGCAAUCGACAACUGUCCAGGCGAUGUCACAUUGUCCUGCGUGCCAGCGAAUGGCUCUUUGGUCCCAGUCGGUGACAACAGAGUUGACUGCACGGCGACCGAUGUUGCUGGACUGGCUCAAUCGGGGACAGGCUUCUGGGUUACAGUGAGGGACCACGAGAAUCCAGUCUUCGAUCCGGUCCCGGAUGAUGUGACAGUGACAAACGACCCAGGACAGUGCGGAGCCGCUGUGGAUUAUGUGGCCAAUGCAGCCGACAACUGUCCAGGAGUUCAGGUAGUUUUUUCGCAAGAAUCCGGCACCACGUUCUCGGUCGGUACCACCACAGUGACAUGCAACGCCACGGAUGCUUCUGGCAACAAGGCCUCGUCGGAAUCUUUCGUCGUUCCUCGGCCGUUCUCGACAAGCAUUUCCAAUGUACCAGUGGCUGUAGCAGUGUAG